AUGAUAUUAAUAACUACUAUAUUAGUGCUGCUAAUUAGCACAUUAUAUUUAUGUUUCCGUGUACUACUGAAAAUCACUUACGAGUACAGAAGACCAUCGUCAAAGUUCUUAAGAGAGUUUAAGAUUGACCAUAAGGAGAAUGACUCCACUCUAGUGAUAAAAUCAAGGUUUUAUUUAGGAUGUUUGAGAUACCAGUUAUUGAAGGCAUCCUCUCACGUUACAGAAUAUUCAAACGAUGAUACGUUUUCUAGUUGUUUGAAGGUAGAUAGAAAGGAAUGGGAUACUGUUAUAGCUAACGCAGGUAGGGGUUCAGAGGAGAAAUUAUACACUGAUAAUAAAUUAUAUGGAUUUUUCCAUCCCUAUUGUAAUGCAGGUGGGGGUGGUGAAAAAGUCCUAUGGAAAGCUAUAGAAACUGUUUUGCGUAACGAUAAGAAGAAUGUGGCCAUUGUCUAUACUGGUGAUGUCGAUGCUUCCCGUUCUCAAAUUCUGGAUAAUGUGAAUACUACAUUUGGUUACAAACUGGAAGAGAGCAGAGUCGUGUUUAUUUAUCUAAGGACAAGAUUUUUGGUUUCUGAUAGGACAUGGCCAGUGUUCACGCUAUUGGGUCAAGCUUUUGGAUCUUUUAUUUUGACAGUCGAAGCAUAUUGGAGAUGUCCAGUUGAUUUCUGGUGUGACACAAUGGGUUAUCCAUUUGGUUAUCCUGCUAUCAGAUUCAUGGCAGACAUGCCAAUAAUUGCAUACACCCAUUUCCCAGUCAUUUCAACUGAUAUGUUAGACAAGUUGAAAUUUUCUGAAACAUCUAAUUCGUUCAGAACUAAAGCUAAGUAUAUUUAUUGGUCAAUCUUCAUGUUUUUCUAUGAAUGGGUAGGUUCCUUAGUGUUCGUCUCUAUAACGAAUUCAACUUGGACAAAUAAUCAUAUAAAAAGUAUUUGGAGAGAUAGUCAUUCAGAAAUUAUUUAUCCUCCUUGCUCAACUGAAAGAUUGGUUAUAAAAGAAGAUAAAUGGAAUAGAAAAAAUCAAGCUGUAGUCCUUGCUCAAUUUAGAAAUGAAAAGAGACAUCAAUUAAUCAUUCAAGAAUAUUCAAAAUACUUAGCAGAAUUAUCAACUACUGAAAAUUAUGAACCUCCAAAAAUUAUUUUUGUAGGAUCUACAAGAUCUCAAAAUGACAAAGAUUAUGUUGAGAAUCUAAAGAGACUAGCGUAUAUCAAUUAUAGAAUUCCUAUGCACUUAAUGGAGUUUGUCACUGAUGCCCCUUACGAGGAUAUUAAAAAAUAUCUCCAUGAAUCAUCUUAUGGUAUAAACGCUAUGUGGAAUGAACAUUUUGGUAUUGCGGUUGUCGAGUAUGCAGCAGCUGGAUUGAUUCCUUUAGUUCAUGCUUCAGCAGGCCCAUUAUUGGAUAUUGUUGUUCCUUGGGACGUAAAAAAUAACAAAGAGGCAAAAGUUAACAACGAACAAACCAGAACUGGUUUCUUUUUCAUCAGUGAAGAAGAUCCUGAUUAUGUUAAAACAGCUAAUGAUAAAAAUGCGUAUAACAGUUUGAAGGACAUAUUUAAACAAGUCUCAGAAUUGUGUGAUACUGAGAAAUUUGAAAUUAGUAAAAGAGGGAAAUUAUGUGUUUCAAUUAAAUUUUCAGAUGCUAAAUUCGAUGAAGACUGGGAUAAGUAUGUUAUGGACAUGCUUGAUUUAGAAAUUAUUUAA